AUGAUACUACUCGCCGUCGAAAAUACCUUUCGAUGCCAUCAUGUCGAUCUGCCGUCAUCAGCUACCUAUUACACACCGACAACCAGCGACACACGAGCAGACCGGGCAAAGCACUCUGCAUUGCCAUUUGGCUCAUAUUAUCCCUCCUCUUUCUCAGUUUUCGGACCCUCCAGUCUUCCGCCAGCGAAGCGAAAUAACGCUGUUUCUAAGGCCUCUCACGAUCGAUUUCCUGGUUCGGCAACUCAGCCGCAAGGAAGGAAGAUUGCUCGGGCACCUCAGGGCUCAUCCGGCUCAGCAACCGCCGCGCGCUUGCAAGGACCUGCGAUCAUUGGUCAAGCAACAGUGGGCAACGCGAAUACCUCGCCGCUUGCCAGUACCUCCACUCCACGGCGGCUGGAACCUUGCAUAGACCCUCAGCUAUUAGAUCCUCAGCUUUUGCCUGAGCAUCCGGCUGUACCAGAUCGUACUGUCGUUCGGCCACGAGAAUCAAUCGCCGCUGGUACUCAAGUCAUCAAACGACCGGCUAAGCCUCAGACUACCGCUGAGAGCUCAAAGAAGCCACGGUUGUCCAUAUCUACUGCCUCACAGACGGGUGCAGCAGAACCCAGUCAUCGUGUAUCAUCACCGCGAGAGUACACUUCGUCUACGUCGUCGCAAGAUGGCGAAAGCCUGUGCUUCACUUUCGAUGAUGCACGCGGUUCGCAUCGGGACGGUACUUCUGUCAGAGCAGCAUCCCCGCAGGUCACAAACGCUAAUGGUACCGUCAUCGAGACGAUCUCGCGCGGGUCUCGCGCAGAGUCUACGCUCGCGGCUGUGCUCGCCCAACUCGGCCAGCUCACUUCUGAGCGUGAUGCUUUGCGAGCGAGUGAAGAGACCCUGAAGACCGAGCGCAAUAAUCUCAAGGGCGAGGCUGGGAGACUCGCGAAAGAUCGGAAGACACUGGAAGAGCGUCUUUCAAAGAUUGGCGCACACUUCUCAGAGCAGCAGGAUCGUGCAGAGCGCGCGGAGAGGCGUGGACGCGAACUCGAAACGCAACUCGAGCCGUUACGCGCGCAGGCAGAGAAGUCGCAUGACCUCCAGUCCGCUUUGACCCGGACUACAUCACGCGCGGAGUUGGCAGAGCAUCGCGUACAGCAACUUGUGUCCGAGCGCGAUGCCCUUCUCAUCAAGCUACGUGCGUCGGAGAACGAAGUUGCCGUAGCGAAGGAUGCAGCGAACCGUGUAGACGCCCGGUGGCAAGCCGAGGCGAAGGAGGUGACUGACCGGUUUAAUGACCUGGAAUCCCGACUUCAGGCGUCAAACGAAAAGAUAGAGACCAUGAAUGGCCAGCUUACUCAGGUCGUACAUGAGAGGGACUCACUGCUACAAGGCGUCUAUGGGCUGCUAUAUCCUGAUGCCGAGUCAGGGCCGGUCGAAUUUUCCGACAUCCUGCGCUCCUUAGAGGCAGAGAUGACGCGCCUACGAGAUGACGCACCUACAGCGAAACAACGUGCUUUAGAUGCCGAACAGCGGUUGAUUGCCGCUGAGGAGGAACGGGCGACCAUGGAGGACAAGCACGAUCGUAGAGCUGCCUACAUCACUAUCCUUCGGCAACGUAUCGCCGAAUUGGAAGCUAGUUCGUGGAGGUUUUGA